CAAUGUAGAUAUUGUCUCCUUGAUUAUGUACACAUUGUCAACAAAAUCCUAUUUUUAAAAGCCUAUUUUCCUCAUUCCUGAAACAACCUAACCUGGUUGACUUGUUGGAGUGCAUUUCAUGCAUUCUUAGUAACAAGCUGAAGGAAACGCCUAGUUCAGUCACAGCUAGAGGGGUAGAAAGCAGCUAGGGAGUUCAUGCACACUCCCUGGAUUCUUCUGCAAAACUCACACGUCCAUGCUGGGAAAGGAUCACAGACGCCACUGCAUACCACAGCAUGACUGUUCAGAGUGUGGAUAGUCUCCCAGUGUGGCUCAAUUGAAGGCAGUAAAAAUAAGGCACUACUAGUUACUGAAGAUGGAAGCAGAAAGGAAAAACUCUCCAACACUGAGUAAAAGCAAACAGCCUGUGAAAACAGAAUGGGGGUCUCAGAGUGUUGUAUUUACUUACUUUCAAGGGGACCUUAACAGUGUGAUAGAUGAACACUUUUCUAGAGCGUUAAGCAAUGCCAAGAACCCACAAGAUCUGAGCACAAAGCACAAGAGUGAGGAUGUUACCCUGAAGAAUGAUAGCCACAUGUCUCCCCAUCAGUGGAAUUUCUCUUCUCAUUGGACCAAGUCAUAUCAAUCAUCUCCUGCUACAAACACAUCAAAUUCUGAUCUGAAUUUGUCGGCUGCUGCUACAGACCACCAUCAGGCAUCAGUUCUGCGGAAUCCCCCUAUUCAGCCUGCAGAGUUGUGGCACUUCCCUUCAAUAGCUAAUCCACAUCUUACUGAUUCAGGAUAUCCUCGCCCCUUGCCUGACCCUCAUAUGGUGCAGGGACCAAUGUCUGAUGGGAAAUACGGUUCUCUUCUUGAUUUUCUGCAACAGGAAAGGUGCCCAGCAUCUAGCCAGGAAUCUAUCGUGAAGCAAAGCUCUAACUCAGCCUGUAUUACUGGAUCAGCUAGGUUACAAAAUAUGAGUCAAAGUUUAACUCCUGGGGAAGAAAGGAAAGCCAGCUCCUAUCAAAGCCCAGGAAACCCCAGCAUCACUCCUGCCAGUUCAGGUAUCCAGUCUCAGGAUAGAAGACGAGACUUAUACUUUUAGCCAAUGGACAUUUCUGCUUUAUUCCUGGAGAGUUCUUUCCGUGAACUUUUAUAAUUCGCAAUUGUGAAUCAGGAGGAAAUAGACCACAGCCAUUCUGUGUUUUUUUCCAUCAGCCAGUUGCAUGACUACACAUGCUAAUAUACUAUUUUGUAAAUGAGUGUGAUUUACUUCUAAGUAAAUAACUUCCAGCCUGUGUGAUUCUACCAUAGUAGUUUGCCUUGUAUAAAUGAAAUAUUUGACUAGAGAAGCAUUGCCCUUGGGCCUUCUAAAGACUCCUAGCACUUUAAAAUCCCCCUGCAACCCUUUGUUUUCCAUCCUUUGGAAAGAAUUACCAUUAUGGGGGGAUGCAUUCAAUGCCACAAGCUUUCACACUGGCAAGUUCCCUUACUUGGCAGCUGGAUUUGAACUUGUUUAAAAUUGCUCAAUUGAAUGUAUUUACAGGAGGACUGAAAAUGAGAAACAAGCCAACAUAGCCAAGUUCAUUUCUCUCCCCCGUCUUUAGAGAUUUGGAAACAUUAGGGAUCCAAUACUUGGAUUCAUACUUUCAAUUCCCAUUGGCAUCCAUUGGAGACUCAAGGCUAUACAGAGGCAAUGCAGGGUUAGCAGGGUCACAUACUCCCCCAAGAUUUACUGCUUAGUUUGUGCUGAGCAUGCUCAGUAACACUGUUGAAGCCAGCUACCCUCACUGUGCCCCCCCGUCAGCAAGGAUGGGUCAUUUCUGAGGCUAUACUUGUCCCUUAGUGACCAAUUCCGUCCUUGGUAUAUCUGUGCAGCUCCUUGGGGCUUCAGUGAAGUAGCACUAGUGGAUCUGGUAGGAAUUUUGGGUCUUUAUUGGGCAAGAUGAAAGUGUUCCA